AUGGACCUGAGGCCGGAAGGGAGGGAGCCCCUGAAAACCCAGAGGCGCUCAUCUUUCCUGGCGAUGAAAGCUUUGCGAUCCUCUCUCAGCAUUAGCUCGCAGGUCUCAAGUUCUUCGGAGCCGGACUCCCCGUCGUCGGCCCCGAGUCGGAAGAAAGCUCUGACUAGAAAUCGCACAUUUGAUGCGCUGAGGGGAGAUCUCCUCAUCCGGAGGUACUCCAAGUCCUCCGUGGAGGACUAUACUGACCGCGGAUCUACUUCGACUAGACCUACGAGCCCCUCUGCGACUAACAGCCGGUCUGCCAGUAUUUCAGGCGAUUUCUUGGCCGUUAUCAAGUCCGGCCCUCUCCAGCCGGAGACAUCCGUUCUGAAAUCCAAGAAUGAGUAUUUGGUGCUGACGUCGGCGGCCUUAACCAAGUUCAAGAGCCGCUCGCUGGCAGUUGAGCGGUUCCCACAAAUCUCGGCAUCGAGCAGUGCUGUCGAAAUCACAUCGCCUACCGACUCGACAAGCUCUUUCAAAGGCCUCGGUGCUGGGGGGGACUUAGGCAUCCCGUUGGAGAGGAUUGUAUCCAUAUUGGAUGAUGGCGGGGGUCGCCCUUCGUCAUUUGGCAUCGAGGUAUGGUGGAGUGAUCCGAAAGGGGCGGUUUUCUCGUGCCUCCAGCUAGAAUUCAGCCAAGCAGACGACCGGGCCGAGUGGUUGAAGCAGAUUCGACAUGCUGUUAAGCUACGUGCCAGGUCUCUUCGUGAAGAGCUAGUCCCGUGCGAUGUAGAGCUGGAGCUGAAGCAAAUGAUAGAGGCCCAACAAGCUCGAAGGGACGAUGCGGGGGUCGAGAUAUUCCCUGUCGUGCCUCGACGGCCGUACACGAGGCUUGGGACGAAUUCCGGGGAAGCGAAAAAGGGUUGGCGAGAGAACUCGUCUUUCUACGUGGCGUUCACCAAGAAUUUCUGUAUAGUCGCCCACUUCAUGAGACCCUCGCCGAGUCACAAAGCCAGCCUCAAUAGCCUCGUUCAAUUCGGGCUGGUAACGCUCUCUAAAGUCAACGUUGCCCUUAACGAAGAGAGGUUUGAUCUCGUGUUUCGGUUGCCUCUAGACCAACCGAGAAAGCUCGAGCUUUCUAGCCGCCACCACCGGAAUAUCCUGCUUAAAUUCUACAAGGCGGACGCCUAUUUAAAACCAGCUUGGCCUCUAUGGACUCGACGCGAGGUGUUCUUCGUUAAUGGAGAAGCGCAGCAGACGCCCCUCCCCAACGGAGAAGAUUACGGUGGCUUCAAGACAACCCUGGAUGCGUUUAUUCAGGGCUAUCACUGUGCCCCGGUGCAUUGGACUGUCCAGUGGAAGGAUGUGCAGUAUCCCCCUCAAUUCUGUCUCCUGGCGCCAAAGGAACAUUCCAGAUAUACCGCGCUUCAACUCCUAGCUGUCUUCCGUGCCUUGCGCUUCAAUGAUUUCUUCAAAUCGUUGUCAUUUUGCGGUAUUGAUUUUACUAACCUAGGCGGUAUCUUCGACAAUGCCGCGCGACUCGGGUCUACCGUAUGGCUCUCUCGGACAGGGAAAUGUAGCCUCACUCGAAACGAAUUCGAGGUUGUGGAAAACUCGCCCGUACUGUUCCAAGAAAUUGUAGCUCUCCUCCUGGGGUCGGAGUCGAUUCGACACAUAGAUCUUUCCUACGUCCUCGGUAGUAAAGCCUCGACCCCGUCCUCAGAAAACGGCCUAUCCAUUUCAGCUCCGACAAGCUCGGUAUGCGAGAUCGUCCCGCCCAUUGUACUCCUCUGGAAAUCGUUGCAAACCCGGUGUAAUUCGGUUAAUCUCAGCGGAAAUCCGCUGAGCACGUCCGAUGUUGCUGGUCUCUGUCGAAUUCUACAAACCAGAACGGACUUCUUGAAGACGUUAUCCGUGGCACGCUGUCGCCUCGAUGAGAACGCUCUUAUCUUGUUAUGGGAAGCAUUACACGAGCAACGCUCUACUAUCGAAAUAUUUGACGUGUCGCAUAACUCGGGUCGUAUAGACGCGAGAAGGGCCGCAGAGACACUCUCUGGUGCCUCUAGGUUGCGGCGUUUAAAUCUAGCCUACUCGAUUAAGGGAAAUUUAAGCGGACCCCUAUUCAAGCCGUGGAGUGUGGCCUCGGGCUUCGAGCCGUGGCUCCUGGAGGAGCUAGAUCUUUCUGGGUGGAAGGUUAACUUUGACACCCUCUGCGGGAUAAUGAAGUUUGUCGAGCUCGACGAGUCACGAAAUCUGCGCCGUCUUGCGCUGACCAACUGCGGACUCUCGGGCGAAAUGGCAACCGGUAUUCUCUGCCGACUGGGCGGCGGCCGGGAUGUUCAUCUGUUGCUCGGCGAAAACCCCCUCGAGUCGGUUUCGACCGAUUGGAUAGACCUGAUCCAUGGCAACGAGGCGCCGAAGAUGGUCCAUCUCGACAUGAUCCAAUUCCAACACGAGUCAAAUUUCAACCGGCUUCUCAGGGCACUUACCAACAACAAAACUAUCGAGUUCUUAAGCAUGGUAGGGACUGGGCCGCCGAAUCGCGCGAGCGCCAAAACUUCCGAGCUGCUGUCCCGCCUUUUCGGGUCAAACGACACCUUACGAUUCCUCGAUCUAUCCGGAUACAGCGGCAAACUAGAAGAUGUACAUCUCGGUUGGGGGCUGGCUGGCGCCAUGGGCGGACUAAAGCAGAAUACCACGCUACGUCAACUCCGCGUCCGAAACCAUGACAUCGGCGCCGGCGAAGACGUCAGCGAGCUGUGCCGUGUACUCGCGGCCAACAAGGGGCUUGCGAUGUUCGACUGCCAGAACAACAACUUCAACCAUCACCAAUUCGCGAAGCUCGUGCAGGCGUUGAGCGCAAACCGGCGGAUCGUGUCGUUCCCGCUCGCGGCGGCGGACCGGGAGAGCGCGGUGCAGAAAGAGAGGUCGCUAUUCCUCAAACACCAGACACGACCGGAAAAGUCCUUCCCGGCGAAGAUCCUCAAGGCGUCGGCGGCGGCGGCAGUCGAAACUCGCCUCGAAGGUCUACUAAGGUGGGUCGAGAAGCAUUGGGAUACCGAGGCCGACCGGGCGCGCGAGAUCAUCGAGCGUAACAGGGACCGCAACCCGGAAAUCCGCGCGCUCGACCUCGAGCUGCCGCGGGCGUACCUGGACGCCUGGGACGAUCCGAGCCUCCCCGCUGCGCUGGCGCGGGCGCGGGCGCGGGCGCGGGAGCUGAAAUCUCACGAGGCGAGCGAGGGGGUGUCUACUGCGGUAUGA